AUAUCUGUUGAAAAUGAAUUACCUACCUAAAUGAAUAUUAUUUUCAUUUGAUUAUUUAUAAUUUACCGUCAAAUUCAUUUUGUUUUAAGAGACUAGCUUAGUAUUAAAAAUCAGGAGAAAUUCAAUACAGAAUAAACUGACGGGCCCUUAAAUUAAUUCGACGUGUGACCUUGUCAAAGUAUCAAAAUGGUUGCAGGCGCGUUAUUAACAUCAACAAAAUUUAUCAAUCUUUCACAAUGCAUGAAAGUAUUAGUUUCACAAAACCGCAGAUUCACCAGCAAGUUGAAUGAACAACAGCUUGCUAUACAGGAAUUGGCUAGAAAUUAUACUAAUCAAUAUCUUAAGCCUAAAGCAUCUCAACUCGACCUACAAGGAAGAUUUCCUUUCAAUGAGAUAAAACAUAUCACAAACCUUGGUUUAAUGGGGGCGUGUGUGGAUGACAAGUAUGGCGGCCUCGGUCUCGACUACCUGUCAUUAGCUGUCGCGAUCGAGGAAAUAUCACGCGGUUGCGCCAGUACCGGCAUGAUAGUCUCAAUACAUAACUUCCUGUACGCGAACUUGGUUAACGAGAAAGGCACGCCAGAGCAGAAGGAGAGGUUCCUGAGCGAUUUCACUAAGGGAUCAAUUGGGUGCUUUGCACUGAGUGAACCAGAUGCGGGCAGUGACGUAGCGAAUAUCAAGACAAGAGCUAGGCAGGAUGGUGACUACUGGAUUCUUAACGGCAAGAAGAGUUGGGUAACCUCCGCCGUUGAAGGCUCGGCGGCGGCGGUCUUCGCCACCUUCGAUCCCGAACUUAGACAUAAGGGACUGGCGUGCUUUCUCGUUCCUCUUGAUGCGGAGGGUGUGUUUAGAGGGAAGAAGGAACCCCUCAUGGGCGUGAGCUCGGGUCACAGGGCGGCCACGGCGUGCGACCUGACGCUGGACGACGUGCGCGUGCCGGCCAGCUGCCUGGUGGGCCGGGCCGGCGAAGGCUUCCGGAUCGCCAUGCACCAGCUGGACCAGGGCCGGAUAGGCAUCGCGGCGCACGCCGUCGGAAUCGCCCAGGCGGCCCUGGACACGGCCGUGAUCUACGCGAAGGAGCGGGUCGCGUUCGGCAAGAGUCUGACGUCGCUCCCGUCGGUGAAGGAGCGGCUGGCGGACGCGAGCGUCGCGGUGGACAGCGCGCGGCUGCUGGUGCGGCGCGCGGCGGGCGACGUGCGGCCCAAGCACAGCGCCACGGCCAAGUACGCGGCGGCGCGGGCGGCCUGCACCGCCGCCGCGCACUGCGUGCAGGUGCUGGGCGGCCGCGGCCUGUCCACGCACUACGACGCCGAGCGACACUACAGGGACGCAAGAGGCACCCAGAUAUACGGCGGCGUCACGGACGUCCAGAAGCGUCUCGUGGGACACUACCUUCUCAAAGAGUACGACGCCCUCUGAUGGACGAGAACUCGGUCAAUUAACUUUAGCAGGUUUCAGAUGGCCACUCCUAACAUAUUAUAAUGGGUAUUAAAUAUUCAAUAUAAUAAUAAUAAUAAUAAACUGAGCAACACUUAUACAACUUGGCAUUAGCCUCUUCACCUUUGAGAGUAGAUUAUCCGCUCACGUCAAAUACAAAUACUCUGUAUAUCUGUAUCUGUUCCCCCCCUCUAAGAAUAAGUAUGGUAACAUAUUACGAGGGAUGUAAUAUCUUGGAGCUGAACUAUAAAUGAAACUUGUGCAGUGUAUCUUACAUGCAGAGGUAGACGUGUAGUCAUUUUUUUAUGUUAUAGGUAAACGGACGGGCAAAUGGCCCACCUCAUGAUAAAUAGUCACCCCCCAUAGAUAUUAGUACCGUGAAAAAUAUUAACCAUUCCUUGAGUCGCUAACGCGCCACCAACCUUGGGGGCUGAUAUGUCCUUUGUGCCUGUAGCUCACACUGGCUAACCCUUCAAGCCGGUAUACAACAAUACUAAAUAUUGCUGUUUAGCGGUAGAAUAUCUUAUGAGUCGGUGAUACCUACCCAGAUGGGCUUGCACAAAGCCCCACCACCUAGAAAACAUUUGCUAUUUUUCAUUUUAUUAGGCAAAUGUAUCUGACAUUUGCCAGUCCGUUUAUUUAUUAAAUAAAUAUUUAUAAUCUGUGUUUUUUUAAUGACCAUAAACAAAUAUAUCUAUAAUGGUGCGAGGUAGAAAGUCGCGAUGUGCUCUUGUUGUAUGUCAGGCUCGUCUGUAAACUGUUGAAGUAAGUGACCAAAUGAACAAAAGCGGUAUUCUAAAUAUAUUUUAUAUGUUAAGGGUUCUCUCACUCAUAUUGCGGUGUGUAAAGUAAUAAUAAUCUUCAUUUGUAAAUUUUUUAAUAAUGCUUUAUUUUUUGGUAUUUUUGUCAUAAAAUAUGAAUUUGCCAAAUGGUUCGACUUUUCGACACUGGUUUGGAAAAUAGAUUCCUAAUUAAUCUGAUUCACAUACAGACAGCAGACAAUGAUUUUUAAAGUUAUUUUUACCUUUUCUAGUACUUAUUUAGUUAUAAAAUCCUUCUACGAGCUCUUUUGUGGAUAUAAUAUAAUGAACUAUAAUUCCUGAACACUUUUUAUACUGUUGCAAUUAUAUUAUACAUGUACAAAGAAGUAGAUAUGCUGCCAGCGCGCGCAAAUUUAAGUCUCAAAUACGUCCCAAUUGGGACUUCGCUAAUCGUUCAGUUCACUCGUUGUUCAACUCGUAUUGGAUUAUAGAAUAGCUGAGACAGUUGUGCAAUAUUACCGCCUAUUUUUCAAAUAAAGUACUGUGUUUGUAUAUAAUAUUGUAUAUCAUAGUACCUACUGCGUAAGAUAAAUGUCCCUUCUGUCUAUUUAUUUUUACUAGUCCUUACCAUAAGUACAGUGAUCGGUUGAUUUGCGUAAAAUCUUCGCAUAAGUGACAAUACUAGCUGUCUUCUUCUUUUGUACUUGUUUAAAUACGCACUAUUUACAUCUCUUUCACACGACAUGGCAAUGUAGUAAAAUGUAAGUAAGAUAAAAUUCGUUCAUUCAAUUCGUAUGUGUGCUGUCACGGAAUAUAUUUUUCGUUUGUGUUGUUAGAGUAUAACAGAAGUAUAAAUAAAUUUUAAAAAUCAUUGUAUUGUUGUCUGAAAAAGAUUAUUCAAAACAUUAUAAAUUGUUUGAAUUUAUUUCAGCAUUGGUCUAGUGUGAAAACGUCUGUAUAAGGCUGAUGUUAGGCAUUUCUAGUUUAAGAUUAAAAUGGGCAUUCCAAAUAAAUUUUUUUUGUUAAUUUGGCUGUAAAUCAGGUUGAAGGCAAUUUUUUUUUAAUAUUAAUUUAUACUUGUUUUGUUAAAUUAACUUAUUGUUAAAAUUGUAAGUUUCAUGUCAAAUGAAAUUUGACAAUAAAAAUGUGGUUUUUUAGUAAAAAUAUUGUAUCAAUUUUAAAGAUUAAUCUUCAUAAUAAAAUUGUAUAAAAAUAUAUUUAUAUUAAAUAAAAUCAGUACUUAUGUAACAUGUGAUUUCAAUGCUAUGUCGGUAAUUUUAAUAAAU